AUGUUCACUAAAGUGGUUGGAUUAGUUUUCUUUUUUGGAUAUACAAAAGCUAUUAAUGAGAUAGCAUGCGAGGGAGAGACACUCUCUCUUUCCUGUCCCCGGGGCCAGUCCAUCAACAUUACCUACGCUAACUACGGCAGGACCAACCCUAACAUUUGCUAUUCCGGAAGCUCGCAGAAUUUGCAGUGCUACUCCAGCACAGCUUUCCAGCGGCUGAGACGCACCUGCCAGGGUCAGAAUCAGUGCUUUAUCACAGCCACAGACAGUAUCUUUGGGGACCCAUGUCCUGACACUUAUAAAUAUCUGGAUGUGGACUACGAAUGUGAAUACCCUCAAACAGGAGAUCGUUUCCACGUUUGUGAGGGGGGUACAUUGAGUCUCUACUGCCCUCGAGGAUCAGUUUUAACAGUAUUCUCCGCCAAUUAUGGAAGACAGCAUCCCAGAAUAUGUCCAGGACCAGGAUCAAAUGACUUUACCUGUUUGUCACCGACAACCGUAGAUAUUGUGAGAAGACUUUGUGAGAAUCGGGAGACUUGUCAACUUGAAGCAAUUAAUAAUGUAUUUGUUGAUACUUGCCCAGGAAGACCGAAAUAUCUGGAAGUUAGUGUCGGAUGCAUAUAUAUUGGUAUUUAAAAGGACUUUAUAGCACUAUUUAUUAAAUUCUAUAUUAAUUAGGCAAAAGAAUGACUGUAAUGUAAUAAAGGACAGUCUUCAGAGGUAUGAAA